AUGUUCCAGUUUACGUUUCAGAGACGCGCUGUCUUCAGCACUAAGCGGUUUCUCUCAAAACAGCGAUGCCUCCCUGCAGCCUACUACCGCGGCGGCACUUCUCGCGCUGUCAUUUUCAACCAAGCCGAUCUACCUCCUCGAUCGGAAUGGGACGACAUAUUUCGCAAGGUCAUUGGUAGCCCUGAUCCGUAUGGUCGACAACUUGAUGGCCUUGGCGGGGGCAUCUCCAGCCUGUCUAAGGUCUGCGUAGUCGGGGCUCCCACGCACCCCGACGCCGAUGUUGACUAUACCUUCGUCUCCCUUGGCGUCAAGAAUACCGAUGUCGAUUACUCAAGCAACUGUGGCAAUAUGAUCAGUGCUAUCGGCCCUUUUGCCAUUGACCAGAAGCUUGUCUCUGCACAGUCACCGGACUCGGCUACCGUCCGUAUCCACAACACCAACACUGGCAAGAUCAUCAAUGCGACAUUCCCCGUCGUGGAUGGUGAAGCUGCAAGUACCGGUGACUUUGCCAUUGAUGGUGUCGCUGGGACGGCUGCCUGCAUUCAAUUGGAUUUCAUCAACCCAGCCGGCUCGGUCACCGGAAAGCUAUUGCCAACUGGCAAUGUGAAGGAUGAAUUCGAUGGUGUCCCAGUCACUUGUAUUGACGUGGCCAAUCCAUGCGUGUUUGUUCAAGCGAGCAGCUUCGAUGUCCGAGGAGACAUGAGACCAGAUGAGAUGACAGCUCACACAGAUCUUCUCCUGCGGUUGGAUUCGAUUCGCCGCCAGGCAGCAGUUAAGAUGGGUAUAGCUCAGAAGACCGAGGAUGUCCCGGGCAGCAUUCCUAAAAUUUGCCUGGUAUCAUCACCGGAUUCUGUCAGCGAGAAAGACCCCAUUGAUUUGCUCGUGCGGGCGAUCUCAGUUGGGCAGCCGCAUAAAGCUGUGCCAAUCACUGUUGCACUAGCGGUUUCCUCGGCUGCUCGUUUGGCUGGCAGCGUCGUUGAGUCUGCAGCGAACCGGGACAAAGUCAGUGAUGCUGGUGUUACUAUCAACCACGCAAGUGGAAAUCUGCUCGUUAGGGCCCAGUUUGAUAAUGAUGAGUUGACCGCAGCGACCGUGUUUCGCACUGCACGUCGGCUGUUUGACGGGAAUAUUUAUUGGAAGAGCUGA